UACUUAAAGACAGAUCGUGUGACUGAACGCGUAUUCACUACAUAAAAAUCCUAAUUAUAAGAAAAUUUGCGGAAAAGUGAACAAAACGCACAACCUUAUAACAAAGACAGAAUAUUUUAGAUUCUAAAUACUUUUUGCUACAAAUAAAUAAAAUAUUCGCACAGAAAAUAGCAUUUAGUUGGAUAAUUGUUUUUUUAUAUUGGUCUCGUCCAGAGUAUAUCGAUUUCGAGUGGGAUAAUAUUUAGUUCCCCGCCACUCAACAUGCAAGCCAUUAAGUGCGUCGUGGUAGGUGAUGGUGCGGUUGGUAAGACUUGCUUGCUUAUCAGCUACACUACGAAUGCAUUUCCCGGUGAAUACAUCCCUACUGUCUUCGAUAAUUACUCAGCAAAUGUAAUGGUAGAUGCAAAACCGAUUAACCUUGGUCUUUGGGAUACUGCUGGACAAGAAGAUUAUGAUCGAUUACGUCCGUUGUCAUAUCCACAAACUGAUGUUUUUCUUAUAUGUUUUUCGUUGGUGAAUCCAGCCUCAUUUGAGAAUGUACGCGCCAAGUGGUAUCCAGAAGUGCGUCAUCACUGCCCAAACACGCCCAUCAUAUUAGUAGGCACAAAAUUGGACUUGCGCGACGAUAAAAACACCAUUGAGAAGCUGCGUGAUAAAAAACUAGCACCAAUAACUUAUCCUCAAGGAUUAUCUAUGGCCAAGGAAAUAGGGGCUGUCAAAUAUUUGGAAUGUUCGGCCCUUACACAAAAAGGUUUAAAAACGGUAUUCGACGAGGCCAUACGCUCAGUGCUUUGUCCAGUCCUGCAGCCCAAGUCUAAACGCAAAUGUACGUUACUCUAAUUUGCCGCAUCAACAAGCCGUGGGUCGCAUAAUAGACGUCACGAACCGAGAGGAGGGCAUAAUAAAUGAUUGUAAACGGGAAAACGCCCAUCGCUUGUAAACAAUAUAUGAUAAUCGAAAACAAAGAGAGAAAUCAAAAUUAACUAAAACACAUAAUAAUAAUAAUUGGACAGAAUCAUUGUAUACAACGUAUACGGAAGUAUUGUGAUGAGAUGGUGUUCGAAAAUUAUGCAUAACAUGCUAUUAGUCCAGCGAAACUAAAAAAAAGUCGAGUGUUUGAUGUUAAAUGUUGUCAUAAUUAUCGUCUAUAAAAAAUUUCAUUAAUAAUCUAGAAUAAGACUUGCUUGUGCUUGUACAAACACCAGUUCAGGCAGACAGCACCAACUAGUUCCAAGUUUUAGCAUACAUCUUCAUUGGCAUCGCUGCACUUCUAAUGUGAACGACUAAUUGUAUUAAUUUCUUAAUUCUUUGGCCCAUAUUUGUGCGAGUUCAAUAACCAAUCGUGUUGUGUACAACAUAUCUUCUUCAAGUUACACCAAGAACAAUAAUAGAAGAAGAUGCAUUGUUUGGAUUUUUUAUUUUCUCUGAAAAAUAAUUAAUUACCUAAUAUCAUGCAUAAUUUUAGUGGAUUCAAUUAACCGAACUUAUAAAUUUUGUUUUGAUGUAAAUGUUUCCUUGUGCAUUAAUUUGAAACUAAAAGUUUUGAUGUCAAUUUAAAAAUAAAUUUGUUUUUGGUUAUAAAUGAAGAAAAAUAUUUAAAAAAAAAUUUCUAUUAAAAAAGAGCUUUUCUACUUAUAUCAAAAAAUCAAAAAAUAAAACUGAAUUUUGGGUAUGAAAGGAAAAGCCAAUAUGGUAAAUGAUUCAUGAAUAACUAGAUACAUGUGUGUAAGUACGUAAUUGUAUUAAACACGAAAAUAUGUUGGAACAGUUUUUAUAGUAUAUAGGCAUUAAAGUUUAUCUACCAGAAGUUGCUGUACACCAAAUGUUAGCCAUUUAACCAAAAAUUAACUACGAUUUAAAAACAAUACAAAUUUAUAGAACUUACAUUCAUACGAAUAUACAUACAAAACUAAUAAAGUAUUUGCAAACUUAUUUAUAACGUUUUGUAGUUGUAUCAAUACCAAAAAUAUAAUGUAUAAAGAUGCUAAUCUGAAAGAACACGAGUGAUUGCUUUCCCAAGCUUGUGUAAAAUUUGUAGUGCAUUAAACAAUUUUUUCUAUGCGUUAGUUUAAGUACGAACCAUCUGUAGUCAUAUUCAAACCAGCUACAUUCUUGGAGAUGCAUGUA